AGGCAGCGCUUCCCACACGCAGUCCUCAGCACAGCUUGGGAACGGGGAGGGCCAGCUAGGGCUAUCCAGCCACUCAGCCCGGGCCCGGGAGCCCGGGUCUGCCUGCUCGCCAGGGCUGGGGGCAAACAACGUGGCCCAUGUUUAACAAAAGAAUGUGUGGCUUGGGAGGCGGGAGCCCAGCUAAGUACCUGCUGGGAGCGAACUUUCUGGAUCUCGGUGCAUGUAUAUAAGCUCAGCCCUGCCUUUGAUGUUCAGCAACUGAUCGGCGAUCAGAUUACAGGCAUUUCAUCUCCCAGCUCGUCUGCCUUUGAUCUGCAUGGGUAAUUUCAUUUUUCUGGAUUUGAAGUUUCGUCCGGGCUUGCGCUGACACACAUUUUUGGGAAGGUAGAAGCGUUUGGCGUGGAAGGGCUGCCAAGCUGCCGAAAGCACAGAACUGGAGGAACCUCGGCGGAGGAGGCAGAACUCUUUGGGGAUAAAUAAUCUGAUAAGAGCCAUGGCUUUAAAGCUGCUACUGGACCAAAGGAGAACAUUCAUCACCUUCCUGCUUUUAUUAGGCUAUUUGUCAUGUAAAGCGAUUUGUGAAACUGGAGACUGUAGACAACAGGAAUUCAAGGAUCGGUCUGGAAACUGCGUUCUCUGCAAACAGUGUGGGCCGGGCAUGGAGUUGUCCAAGGAAUGUGGCUUCGGCUAUGGGGAGGAUGCUCUGUGUGUGCCCUGCCGACCGCUCAGGUUCAAGGAGGACUGGGGCUUCCAGAAAUGCAAGCCCUGUGUGGACUGUGCGCUAGUGAACCGCUUUCAAAGGGCCAACUGCUCACACACCAGUGAUGCUGUCUGCGGGGACUGCUUGCCAGGAUUUUAUAGAAAGACUAAACUUGUUGGCUUUCAAGACAUGGAGUGUGUGCCCUGUGGAGACCCGCCUCCUCCCUACGAACCACACUGUACCAGUAAAGUCAACCUUGUGAAGAUUGCAUCCACGGCAUCCAGCCCUCGGGACACGGCCUUGGCUGCGGUCAUCUGCAGUGCUCUGGCCACUGUGCUGCUGGCCCUGCUCAUCCUGUGUGUCAUCUACUGCAAGAGACAGUUCAUGGAGAAGAAACCCGGCUGCUGGUCUCUGCAGUCACAAGACAUCCAGUACAAUGGCUCUGAACUGUCCUGUUUUGAUCAACCUCGGCUCCGCCACUGUGCUCACAGGACGUGCUGUCAGUGUCACCGGGACUCGGCCCAGACCUACAGGCCUGUUCAUCUGAUCCCAUCCCUGUGCUGCGAGGAAGCUGCCCGGGCUGCCCUAGGCUGUGGGCUGCAUUCUACUGCCACCCUUCAGGAGAGAAACACAGCUCCAGUGGGGGCCACAACACCAGCUUUCUUCGGGUCCCUUUCCCAUUCUGUCUGCGGUGAGUUUUCUGAUGCCUGGCCCUUGAUGCAGAAUUCUGUGGGAGCUGAUGUCUCUUUUUGUGACUCUUAUCCUGAACUCACUGGAGAAGACACAAAUUCUCUGAAUCCAGAAAAUGAAAGUUUGACAUCUCUGGAUUCCAGCGGUGGUCAGGAUUUGGCAGGUACAACUGCUCCAGCUCCUUCUGGGAACUUUGCAGAAACUACUGAUUCACCUCGAUAUUGCAGUACAGUCCGGGAGCCAAUUCUCACUCUGGACACUCAAAGAACUCCAAGCCAAGGAGGUCAGGAGUUGAACCUGAUUACUCCCACGUCCCUCCAGGACGCCUGAAGACCAUCUUCCUGCAGUGGAGCUGUGGGUCUGGAAACUCCUAUGUUGAGGCUUACAGACUGAGAGUCUAUGGCUUUUGGAAGCAAAAAUAAAUGUGAACCAAAUUGGCAGCGUUUCCAGCCUUUCAACCAGUCGCUCUUGAGCCAGACCAGCUGUAAGCUGAAACCUCACCAAGAAGCAAGAAAAGACUGUCAGUGGCCUGGGGACUCCACUUCUUCCACAAACAAGAAGCUUAGCUAAGGACAACUUGAGGGACUGACCCUGGUGGAAUGUGCAGCCUGUGAGACUGUGGACACACAGCAGAACCCAGCCUGACAAAUAUCAUUACCCAAGACCAGUGACCCAGCAUGUAUAGACAUUCUCCUUCAAAAAUAACCCCUCUGAUCCUGUAGAUGAUGAUGCUCAGUGUCCUUUACCUACACAAUAUUUUACCCACUAGAACUGUCUCUAAGCCUAAAGAAGACCUGAGCCUCAGCACAAAGCAAGGGAUGGCUUGUUUGCACCUCAUUUUCGGCCAUAGGACUUCAUUAAGCAGGAUUGAUUUGGUCUCUUGUCUGACCCUACAUGAUCAGAUCUCAUCUCUUUUAGCCCCUUACUGUUGCUCUGUUCCAUGUGCACUUAAAAAAGAAAUAGACUGUUGAGCAUCAGUGUGAUAGAAUGUACUCAGAUAUUGUUUUUGGAAUUAUCCUGCCUAAAUCAGGGUCAUUUACUCUGUCUGUCCCAGGAAAUUGUUAUCUUCUGACACCUCCCCACCAUGGUUUUCUCUCUUUGCAAGCAAGAUACGAAUAGAAUUUAACGAGUCCUCCCUCUUCCUGUAGCCUUUUCUCCAUCUGUAAUUAUAGCUUCCAGUCUGUGUCUUCUGGCUUGUCUGUGUCUACUGCUCCUCAAGACUUCAGUUCUUUUACCUGAAAUAGGAAGUUGGAGUAUUCCAUGGUAGUGCAUAUCUGCUUUCCAGUCUCCCCUGUGCCAGUUGUAACUGAUUGGUCCAUUUGUUUCUUUGUUUCCUAAACUUUGGUAGUUCCUAACCCUUCAGAGAAGUGGCUUUAGGAAACUCAAAAAACAUCCAGGAUUUAACCACAAGACAUCCGUGAUGAUAUAAGCUGAGCUCCCUUGAGCGGCCUCCUCCUCAUUCACAUGUGUGCGCCAUUAUUUGCAAUCCAAUCGUCUCUGUUAUGACAGAGGGAUGAUCAAAGCCAGCAGGGUUGUGUUCCUUUGUGUAACCCGAAUAUAUUUUCCACAUGUCGAGCCCUGAUGGACUUCAAAGACA